CAUGUAUGACACGAUGCUGAUACAUUACUUUCAUAUGUGAUCCGUAUUGUUUCAGCAAAGAAGAUCCAGAUAAUUCUUUGCUGAAAUGCAGCUAAUGGUAGGGUGCAUUAAAUCACAAUAUGCAUACGCUCUCAUAAUUUCAGUAAAACGUUUACCAACACUGGCAAAUGUAAUAUAGGUUGGCUAGGCGAUUUAUUUUAUAAAAGUGGUUUGCGUGUCACGUUCAUUUGGAAAUUAAAAAAGUUGUUUAAAAUUAGCUUAUGGUGCAAGCGUGUAAUAGUAAUUUUGUAUCAUAAAUAAAUUUACAUGAAACGUAAAUGACAAUGGAUAAUGCAGACUCAAACACAAAAACGAAAGUGCCUAUUAAGUUGUCGGAGAUUGACUACACACCAAUUCUCCUGGCUGCAGCUGUAGGCUUCGUAAUUAUUGCUAUAUUUGUCAUACUGAAAAGAAGGGGUUCCUCUCGAAGAGACUUCAUGUUUGCAGGCUUGUGUGAAUCCGGUAAGACCGCUAUUUUCAUGCAAAUGCUGUAUAAGAAGUUCCCGGACACGUUUACAUCCACAACGGAAAAUGUAGGAGAAUACACUUCUGGUCGCAUGUCAGGCCGUUUAGUGGACAUACCUGGACACUAUCGUGUGCGGGAUAAAUACUUUGAUCAGUAUAAACGUACCGCAAAGGGAAUUAUAUUUGUAGUGGAUGCAGUGACUGCGCAAAAAGAAAUUCGUGAUGUUGCAGAUGCUUUAUAUACAAUAUUGUGUGAUGGGGCGACCGUGUCGUGUCCGUUUCUAGUGCUAUGCAACAAACAGGAUUUGCCAACAGCAAAAAGCGCACAAGUCAUUAGAGCCAUUUUAGAAAAGGAAUUAAACAUUGUGCGAGAUACUCGUAGUAGAAAAUUGCAGUCAGUGGGUGAUAAUGAGACUUCCAAGUUUGUGUACCUGGGCAAAGAAGGCAGGGACUUCGAGUUCACACAAUUGCAGCAGAAUAUACAGUUCUUUGAAUGCUCUGCUAAAGCAAAUGAAUUGAGCAAUGUAUCCGACUGGAUCGAUAGGAUGCUUUAAAUGAACAAUUGCGAAUGAAAUUCAUUACCUAGUAUAUAAGCAGUGUUGCAUGUUCAGGGAUAACGUUGAUCAUUACUCAUGCACUUAUUAAGUAAAACUUUUGAAUAAUAAUGUUUAAAUGUGUCAACAAAUCAAAAUGAACGAACUUCUUUUAGUUCCUGUUUAAAAACCUCAUUGGCUCAUGCAUUUAAUUUUUACAUUUAGUUUUUAUAACCUCAAGAAUGGAAAGAAAUUUAUGUAU